CUUGCGUUUGGACAGUCUGCCCGUGCGCGAUGCGGCGGACACUCACGGAACCCUGACUGCGUCCUCGUUGCUCCAUGAACUGUGCCGCGAUGUCUAAGCCCAAGUUUUUGUCGGAGUGGGAGGAAAUUGAUGUGGAAUACCAGCAAUUGCAGGAAACUCACAAAAUCUACAGACAGAAACUGGAGGAGCUCACAAGCCUGCAGGGAACAUGCAGCAACGCCAUCAGUAAACAGAGAAAAUGCCUCAAAGAUCUACGAUGCAGUUUAGUCAAGUGUUCUCAAUCGAGCGAUGGGGAUCAACUGAAGCUCAUAGCUGACAUUGAAACUCAAAUUAAAGAAAAGGAGAAUGUUUUCUUUGAUAUGGAGGCAUAUUUACCAAAGAAAAAUGGGCUAUAUCUAAAUCUGGUCCUGGGUAAUGUGAACGUCACUCUUCUCAGCAAUCAGGCAAAGUUUGCGUACAAGGACGAGUAUGAGAAGUUCAAGCUUUAUUUAACAAUUAUAUUAAUGUUUGGAGCCAUAACCUGCCUGUUCUUCCUCAACUACCGAGUUACUGACGAAAUCUUCAACUUUUUGCUGGUGUGGUACUAUUGCACUUUGACGAUAAGGGAAAGUAUCCUCAUGACCAAUGGUUCCCGGAUUAAAGGGUGGUGGGUUUCCCACCAUUACGUGUCAACGUUUCUAUCCGGGGUCAUGCUGACCUGGCCAGAGGGUCCCAUGUAUCAGAUGUUCAGAAGCCAGUUUCUUGCCUUUUCCAUUUAUCAAAGCUUCCUCCAGUUCCUCCAGUAUUACUACCAGAGCGGCUGCUUGUACAGGCUGCGAGCUUUAGGAGAGCGGAAUCAGCUGGACCUCACAGUGGAGGGUUUCCAGUCUUGGAUGUGGAGAGGCCUUACUUUUCUUCUGCCAUUCCUCUUUUUUGGCCAUUUUUGGCAGCUGUAUAAUUCAGUGACCCUGUUUCGCUUGGCUGGACAUGAGGACUGCAAAGAGUGGCAGGUGUUCAUGCUGGCAUUGACGUUUCUGGUCCUGUUCCUGGGAAAUUUCCUCACCACGUUAAAAGUAGUCCACCAAAAAAUCCAGAAGAAUCAGGACAAGUUGCAGAAAAAGGACUGAGCAUGCACUCUGAGGACGACACGGCCAGUCGGUGUAUCAUCAUGAGACGGAAGUAUCUGAAGGGAACAAGGGAUCUCUCUCCAAAGCACGGCCCCACUCGAUCCUCUCACGAGUGAUGGUUUGCCUGGAUGUUGUUGAAGGGAAUUCAGAGAGUUUUAGUCAGAGCUUUUGUCUAAAUCAUAUGCAACUAAAAGAAGGUGGUUAUCAAAAUGAAAACCUGCCUUUAAAGACCCGAGUGAUUCCUGCUGGUGCCACAGACUUCAGUGAAGGAUGUUGGUCACCAUGGUUUCGGCUCAAAUGCGAUUUGACGACUCAGUGCUGCGCCUUAAAAUGUUCAAAAGUCUGUGUUGUGCUGGAAUCAUCUUUCUUUUCCCCAUUAAUUUAAACAUCAUUUCCCCUCUUAAUGCUUUUGCAUAUGCGCCUUUGCUGUCUUUGUUAAAACAUCUUCGAGUCAACAACUCGCCUCAUUCAUGCAAACUCGUCCCUAGUUGUUAUUUUUGUUUUCUUUAGCCUCCUGCUAACAAUUUAGCUGAUGUAGAGGAGUCAUUCAUUCAUAAAAUCGGCCCAAAUAUUCCACUUUCAAAUGUUAUUUCAUAAACGUGCACAAGCACAUCAUUCUGUUCAACUGCUGCUCGAGAUGCUGGUACUGUACUGACAUUAGGAAGGUCUUGUUAGUCAUGUGAUUUUAUAAGUUGAAUUAACGUAGGGGAUUAAACAUUUGUAAUAAUUUA